CCCACCCCUCGCCGGGAGCCCGUGAGUCAGCACCGGCCCUUCCCGGUACCGUUACCGGCAGCCGCUUACCCUCCUCUCCCGGGAGCAGCCGCCGCGAUGCCGGGAAGCAGCAAUUAGCAGCAAUUAACCGCUUCUCCCGCCCGGGGGGAGCGCCCCGGCGGACACCCCACCUGCAUCCCGCUCCGCGCAUCCUCCUCUUCCUCCCGCCGCCGCCUGGAUGUCCCACCGGCAGCACCGCGGUGGCGCUCCCCCGGCACAGCCAACGGCGGCUGCCCGGUGCCGGCACGUGGGUCGCGUUGGCUUCGGCGCAGCCGCCUCGUCCCAGGGCUUGAAAUAUUGCUGGGUCUGAUUUCUUCUUGGCUCGGGGAUCUCCAAGCGGGGGCGCGGCGCGCUGAGCCCCCCGCCCCCCGCCCCGCGCCGGCGUCACCGCGGCCCCGUUUCCUCGCCGCUCUCCGUCUGACCGGAUCCGCGCUGACGCCGCUCGCCAUCGAUCGAGCCCCCGGGGCUGGUUCUUCCUCCCGCCACAGCCAUGCCGGAGCUCGGCCGAGCGUUUUGCCGAGGUUUCUGCUCGGGGGUGGCUCCUCGGUGGCCGCGGGCGCUUGCACUCGCCGCGGGGCCACCGUGAGACCCCACCGGGUGCCCCCCGCCCUGAAACGGGCCCAUCGUGGCUCUUCUCACCAUGGAUCUCCUGCAGAAGAGCAAAUACAGCCACCUGCGGAACGAGUCCGUCUCCUCCGCCGAGGAGGCCGCGGGGGUCCCGGUGUCACCGGCGGAGUCCCCAUCCCCGUCCCUCGCCGCCCCGGCGCCUCUCGGGGAGCUGUCACCCGAACCGGAGGACAGUCCCACCACCUUCUGCUCCUUCUUCCCCAAAAUGGCCAACCUGAAGCUCUCCAACCCCGCCAACCUCCUCAAUUUGAGGGGCUCCUCCUCGCUCGGCGGCGACGACACCCGGUGUCCCCCCGGUGUGACGCCGGGGGGGACCGCCGGCACGGAUUCACCGGGCCCCGUCGCUGUUUGUCCCCAGGAUAUGAACAAGCUGAGCUGCGGGAAGAAGACGCGGGUGGAAGGCGGCCAGCUGGGGGGCGACGAAUGGACCCGCCACGGCAGCUUCGUCAAUAAGCCCACGCGCGGGUGGCUGCACCCCGAUGACAAGGUCAUGGGCCCCGGGGUGUCCUACCACGUCCGGUACAUGGGCUGUGUUGAAGUGCUCCAGUCCAUGAGGGCGCUGGAUUUCAACACCAGGACACAGGUCACCAGGGAGGCCAUUGGGCUGGUGUGCGAGGCCGUGCCCGGUGCCAAGGGAGCCGUGAGGAGGAGGAAGCCCUGCGGCCGCUCCCUCAACUCCAUCCUGGGCAAGAGCAACCUCAAGUUUGCCGGCAUGGCCAUCACCUUGACCAUCUCCACCAGCAGCCUCAACCUCAUGGCCACCGACUGCAAGCAGAUCAUCGCCAACCACCACAUGCAGUCCAUCUCCUUCGCGUCGGGGGGAGACCCGGACACGGCCGAGUACGUCGCCUAUGUUGCCAAAGACCCCGUGAAUCAGAGAGCCUGUCACAUCCUGGAGUGUCCCGAGGGGCUGGCGCAGGACGUGAUCAGCACCAUCGGCCAGGCCUUCGAGCUGCGCUUCAAACAGUACCUGAAGAACCCCCCGAAGCUCGUGACGCCCCACGACAGGAUGGCGGGGUUUGACGGCUCCGCCUGGGACGAGGAGGAGGAGGAACCGGCCCCGGAUCAUCAAUACUACAACGAUUUCCCCGGCAAGGAGCCCCCCAUCGGGGGGGUCGUGGACAUGCGGCUGCGGGACGGGGCCGCUCAGACCCCCAAUCAUUUGGGGGCCACGCUGCCCGUCGGUCAACCGUCCGCCGGGGACUACGACCCGCGGAAGCCACACGCUCCCACCCAAGGGAGAGAGAAAUUCCCGGCUGCGGCGGGGGCCACCGGCCGCUCCGAUCUGUUCGACGACCCGUCCUACGUCAACGUGCAGAACGUGGACAAGACGCGCCAAACGCCGGCUGCCGGCAGCGCCACGGCCAACGGCAGCGCCCAGAGGGACCUUUUUGACAUGAAGCCCUUCGAGGACGCCCUGCGCGCCCCCCCGGCCGCGGGGCUGCCGCCGGCGCAGGUGGUGGCGUCCAUGGAGGAGCAGCUGCGCCGCGAGCCCUGGUACCACGGCAAGAUGAACCGCAAAGACGCCGAGAAGCUGCUGAAGGUCAACGGCGAUUUCUUGGUGCGGGAGAGCACGACGACCCCCGGGCAGUACGUGCUGACGGGUUUGCAGGGGGGGCAGCCCAAACAUCUGCUGCUCGUCGACCCCGAGGGAGUGGUGAGGACGAAAGAUCAUCGUUUUGAGAGCGUGAGCCACCUCAUCAGCUACCACAUGGACAAUCACCUGCCCAUCAUCUCUGCCGGCAGCGAGAUGUGCCUGCAGCAGCCGGUGGAGAGGAGACUGUGAGCGCCCCGGGGGGGCCCCGGCGUCCAGCCCCCCCCGCGCCCCCCAGCUCCGCUCCCCGCCCCACGGAGCCCCCGGGACUCCCCGCCGGGUGCUGCGCCCGGGACUGAGCGAGGACGGGGCUGGGGACGGGGUUUGUCCCCCCGAGUUUGCGGCGGGGAGCGCGGGGGGGGCUGUUUGUGCCAAAGCCCCCCCCGACUUUCUCCCAGCUCCAGCCUUUGCACAGCUCCUACCAAAACCCGGUGCCGCGGCCGCUCUCCCGCUCACCGGCUCGGCCUGGGGGGGUGGCGGGGCCGGAUCCCCCCCUGAGCCACGGUGGGGGGGACACUCGGGCCUCGUCCCCAGGCCGGGGGGGCUCCCCCAAGCACAAGGCUCGGCCGGCCCCGCACCGACUGUACCCGGUCACUUUACGUGUUAACUCUGUGCCUUGACCCCCGCAGGUCCCACACUCUUAUGCAAUUUUGGGGUGGGGGGGAAAUGGGGGCAGAACCCCCCGCCUUUAAUCCCAACCCCCUCUGUGCCCCUUCCUGGGACUGUGUCCCCUCCCUGCCCCCCCCGGGGUCCCGGUGGGGCACGGUUGGCUCCGGUAGCCCCGGGGGGGCGGCGGGAGGGUCCCCCUUUGCAUGCCCCGUGUUACCCCCCCCCCCCCAAGCCAAAGCCCCUCGCAGCCCCGCCCCCCCCAGGCCCUGCUAUACCAAAGGAACCGGCGGUUGGUAUUAAAGUUGGUAUUUCUCUA